AUGCAGCGCGCCACCGUCUCUGCCCUCCGCCAGGCUGCCCGCCAGGCCACGCCCAAGGCCGCCCGCGCCUACUCGCUCCUCACGGCCGCCCGUGCCCUCCCCAAGGCUCCGUCGGCGACCCGUGGCGUCAAGACUCUCGACUUUGCCGGCACCAAGGAGACCGUCUACGAGCGCUCGGACUGGCCGCUCCCCAAGCUCCAGGAGUACUUCAAGAACGACACGCUCGCCCUCAUCGGCUACGGCUCGCAGGGCCACGGCCAGGGCCUCAACGCUCGCGACAACGGCAUCAAUGUCAUCGUCGGUGUCCGCGAGGGCGGCGAGUCGUGGAAGCAGGCGCAGGAGGACGGCUGGGUUCCCGGCAAGACCCUCUUCCCCAUCGAGGAGGCCAUCGCCAAGGGCACCAUCAUCAUGAACCUCCUGUCGGACGCGGCCCAGUCGCAGACAUGGAAGGACAUCAAGCCCCUCAUCACCAAGGACAAGACCCUCUACUUCUCGCACGGCUUCUCGCUCGUGUACGCCAAGGACACCGGCGUCACCGCCCCCGAGGGCAUCGACGUCAUCCUCUGCGCGCCCAAGGGCUCGGGCCGCACGGUCCGCACCCUCUUCAAGGAGGGCCGCGGCAUCAACGCGUCGAUCGCUGUCUGGCAGGACGCCACCGGCAAGGCCAUGGAGAAGGCUCGCGCCCUCGCCGUCGCCGUCGGCACCGGCUACGCGUACGAGACGACGUUCGAGAAGGAGGUCUACUCGGACCUCUACGGCGAGCGCGGUGUCCUCAUGGGCGGCAUCCAGGGCAUGUUCCUCGCCCAGUACAAGGUCCUCCGCGAGAACGGCCACUCGCCGUCCGAGGCGUUCAACGAGACCGUCGAGGAGGCGACCCAGUCGCUCUUCCCCCUCAUUGGCCAGUACGGCAUGGACUACAUGUACAACGCCUGCUCCACGACUGCUCGCCGUGGUGCCCUCGACUGGGCCCCCAUCUUCGAGGCCGCCAACAAGCCGGUGUUCGAGAAGCUCUACGCCUCGGUCCGCGACGGCUCGGAGACGCGCCGCUCGCUCGAGUUCAACGGCCAGCCGAACUACCGCGAGGCCUUUGCCAAGGAGACGCAGGAGAUCGACAACCAGGAGAUCUGGCUUGCGGGCAAGACGGUGCGCAAGCUGAGGCCGGACUACAAGGGCGACGCGUGAGAGACUCUGCGCCGACCGCUCCCUCGCCCGGGCCUCUCCCCCCCCUCUGUCGUCCCCCUCCCUGUAGUUCUUCCCCCCUUUGCUGUUACUUUGACGCUCACAGAGCCUCUGCGUCCGCUGCACUGCCAAAAGGUGUCGUGGGCGCGCU